AUGAAUGAUGUUUUAAAAUGUAAAAAGAGAAUUCGAGAGGGGAGUAAUGUGAACAAUACACCAUGUUGGACAUCAUAUCAUGAGGUGGACAAUUAUGUCAAGCGGGAUGAUUAUAUUAUGAGAAAAAGAGAAAAAAUAAGAAAUAUUUGCAAAAAAAUAAAUAAUUUCAGAAAUAAAAUAUGUAACUCAAGUGAAUAUUUUAAAUUCGUUGAGAUAUUAUUUAACAAAGCUGGAAAAAAGUGUGUUCCAAAAAAAAAAAAUAAAAAUAAAAUAAAUAAAUCCCCUCAAAAUAAUGAAAAAAAAAAAUGGUGCAUAUCAUCAAAUGAUAUAUUUUUUAAUGGGUAUAUAAGUCAUGUAGAAAUUUUUGAUAGCAAAAAGUUUCAUUUAUUUUUUGAUAAAUAUUUCUAUAUAAAUAAUGAGAAAGAGAAGGAGAAAAAAGAAAGUACUAAUCCAAGUUACGAGGAUGUUUUAGAAAGGAACAAGCGGAAUACUUCUUCAUGCACGAACAGUAGCACAAUAGAAAGAAUAAACAUAAUGCAAACAUCUAAAUCUAAGGAGGAAUACAAAAAAUCAUAUAGAAAAAAAAAUGGAAAGGGUGUUAAUAAUACAGAGGAUGUGACAAGUAAGAAGAAGGAAGAAUAUACUUUUAAAAAAACAGAAAAAACGAAUGACACAUUUUUUGAUACUUGCUAUAAUGAAGAGUUAUCCUGUAUAGACAAUGUAGGAAGUACAGAAGUAUUUACUACAUCUGAUAAUAGAAGAAUAAGGAGAAGAGAAAAAACGCAGAUAAGUAGUUGUGAUAAUGGUAGCAACAGUCCCUUUAUGAAGAGAAGAAAAGUAAUCAAAUACGAAAACAACAUGAAUACAAUGCUAGUAUCAUCAGAUAACUUUAAAAAUUGUAUAUGCAAAUUGUCAAAAGGAAUAGACAACAAAAUUGUGAAUAGCAAACAAUAUUAUACAAAUAGUCAUGAAGAAGUGAGACCAGGAAAAAGUGAUAGACUUAACAAUACGUAUUAUAUCAGAAAAAGGAUUAUCAUAUUUAAAAUAGAAAAUAUAUUGUUCGAUAGUGUUCAUACUGAACAGGAGCAAUUGUUGUAUCGAGUCGAUAAAUCAGUCGAAUAUGCAUUCAAAGAUAGUAGGGAUAAUAAGGAGCAGGAGCUGCAUCCAAAGCAGCAGUCGCAUCAUCAGAAUAAUAAAGAAGUAGCAAAAAAACAAAUAUACAGUUAUGAUAACACGAAGGAAAGAUUGCAGUCACCAAACAUUACACAAAACAGUGGUGAAUUAAAUAAAAGUAGUCAUUAUAAAAAUGCAGCAAAUGGAAAUAUAGAUGAGUUUAAAAAAAAUGUGCUAUUUUUUUAUAACAUGUUUUUAAAAUUGUCUCUACAUAUUAACACAUUAUUUAGUACAUGCAUAGAAUUAUUGAAAUACGAUUUUUCAGACUUGAGCUAUAAAAGUAAGGCAUUAUCACAUGACUCUAAAAUGUUAAUUACGCUAAUAAAUACAUAUCAAAAGCAAGAAAAGUUAGUCAUAAAUUAUAGUAAGUACAUUUUAUAUAUAGCAAAAAGGUGCAUUCUACGUAAUAACAGUACGAAAAAAGGUAUAAUGAUGGGUGACAGAGGCAGCCGCAUAAUAACAGUUGGUGAGUUGUUGACCAUCCGAAAAUUAAUAAGAAUUCUUUUAAAAUGGAAAAAUAUGGAUGUAAAUAUUUCAGUCAAGUUUACCCGAUACGAAAUGAGAAAUAAGAAAAAUGUUUACAAAAUAGAGAUAGUAAAUCAUCGUCUAAUUAAAUAUAAUUUUGUACUAAGGAAAAUUUACUUUUGCAAAUAUAACAAUAAAAUUAUAAUAUAUUUACGAAGGCUCUUAUCCUUAUUGCAUCAUUCGUAUUCCGAUGAUACGCGCACAAAUACAGGUGCAGCUCUGAUAAAGGAAUAUUCUGUGUGUAAUGAAAAUGAAAGUGGACUAAAGGAAAGGAAUGUAUCUAAUGAAGAACUAAAAAAUAUGAGGCCUUCUCAUAAUGCGCUCAGUUCUGUAUCUACAUUUACAGGUUUUAAUGUAAAAAAUUGUUUGAAGGAACAUGAGGAAUCAGCUAACAUCAAGGAAGUGGAAAAUUUGAAGGAAAAGGGGGAAAGCCAAAGUAUCAGCGGAAUGAGCAGAAGUAGCAUCGGUAGAAACGGUAGUAACAGUAGAAGUAGUAAUGAAGAUGAUAUUAACAACAACGUAAGCAGCAGUAACAAUAGAAACAGUAACGAUGGGAACGGUAACGUGAACGCAGCAGGCUUUUCAUCCUUAAAUUAUGAACAGGAGUUAAAUAUUAAUCAGCUGCAAAUUAUAAUUUAUCUAAACAAUAUUUUAACAAAAGAAGUUAACUACAGUGACAUGUUGAGAAUGCAAUCUAAACUUCAGGAAGAACAAAUUAAUGAGGUAUUUCUUGAAAUAAAAAAUAUUUACAAUUUUUUAGUUCCGAAGGAUGACUUAGCACAAAAGGAAGCACAUAAUAUAGUUCAACAUAAAAAAAAUCAUUUAGCGGAACACGAUACGUCAAAUGCACAUAGAAAGCAUUCAAAAUUUGUGCAUUUUAAAAAGCAGUUAUUAAAGGCUUCUUUCCAUGAUAAUAUGCACCUAGUAGAUGAAGAACCACAUAGUGUGAAGCAAUACAAGUGUGCAGCGACUCCCCAGAGUGCAGAAUUUUUUAGUAUAAACCUUAAUUUGAUUCAUGGUAGUAGUAGGAGCACUAGCAGCUGCGGUAUCUGUAGCGGUAAUAGUACACUUGAAUGUCAUGGAGCAUGUGUUGAUGGAAUGAAAAAUGAACAAGGUGUUAAUGACUUGUCCAUAUGUUGUAGAGAUAACGAAGAGAAUACAGAUGAGAGAGAAACCUUUGAGGAAGAAAUAGAUUAUCUUUUUAUAAAAAAGGAAAAAAAAAAAUUGAAACAUAAAAUGAAACAAAAAUUGAAACAAAAAAUGAAACAUAAAAUGAAACAUAAAAUGAAACAAAAAAUGAAACAAAAAAUAAAAAAAAAAAUAAAAAAAAAAAAUAAUGUAUGUAUCUUAAAAAAUAUGAUAAAAAGUAUUCUAAUCUACCUAGUCAAAUACCAUGGUAACAGUUGUAAGGAAUGUAUAACUAAAAGAGUAGAAGUGGAAGAGAGAAGAGAAGAGGAACAUCUAAGUGAAGUGCCACAAGGAAGAAACAAUAAUAUAAAGGAUGAAUCAGAAAUAACAAAAAGAGAAAAUUCGACGCUCUAUGAUUUUUUAGAAAGAGAGAAGAAGAUCAUUGAUGAGCUUAGAAAAGAAAUAAAAAAGAAAAAUAAUGUUAUUAAUGAAAUAAACAUCAAUUUAGAAAGAGAAAAGGAAAAGAAUCAAGAAAUGCAUUUACUGGUUGAAAAAGAAAAAAUUAUUAAUGACGUAAUUAUGAAAGAGUUACAGAAUGAACAGAAAAUAAGGAAUGAAUUGAACCAACAACUGAGAAGAGAAAAGGAGGAAAAGUCGAAUAUAAGGAUAGAAUUAAUAAAAGAAAUAGAAACGAAUAAAAAAGUUUCUAAUGAAUUGUACGGGAGUAAAAGAAUGAACAAUGAGUUGGAUGAGCAAUUAGAAAGUGUAAGAAAAAUGAACAAUGAUGGUAGUUCGGAAUUACAGGGGGAAAAAGAAGUGAAUGGUAGACUAAAGAUAGAACUGGAAGAAGAAAAAGAAGUGAAUGGUAGACUAAAGAUCGAACUGGAAGAAGAAAAAGAAGUGAAUGGUAGACUAAAGAUCGAACUGGAAGAAGAAAAAGAAAUGAGUGGUAGACUAAAUACCGAACUGGAAGAAGAAAAAGAAAUGAGUGGUAGACUAAAUACCGAACUGGAAGAAGAAAAAGAAAUGAGUGGUAGACUAAAGACCGAACUGGAAGAAGAAAAAGAAAUGAGUGGUAGACUAAAGACCGAACUGGAAGAAGAAAAAGAAAUGAGUGGUAGACUAAAGACCGAACUGGAAGAAGAAAAAGAAGUGAAUGGUAGACUAAAAAUCGAACUGGAAGAAGAAAAAGAAGUGAAUGGUAGACUAAAAAUCGAACUGGAAGAAGAAAAAGAAGUGAAUGGUAGACUAAUGAUCGAACUAGAUGAAGAAAAAGAAAUGAGUGGUAGACUAAAGACCGAACUGGAAGAAGAAAAAGUAGUGAGUGGAAACCUAAGGAUAAAAUUAGACAGAGAGAAGGAAGCCUUUGUUGAUGUUAGCUUAGCAUUAGAUAAGGAAAAAAAAAAAUAUAUCGAUAUGUGUAAAGAAUUAGAGGAAAAAGAAGAAAUGAACAACGAAUUGAGUACGGAAUUGUUGAAUGCAAAGAAAGCAAGUGCUGAAUCGAACAUCGAAUUAGAAAGAAGAGUGUAUACAGAAAUGGAGGAAGAAUUAGCCAAAGAAAGAGAAGUUAGCGCACACCUGAGGGUAGAGAAGCAAGCGGAAAAGGAAGCGAAGGAUCGCUUGAAUGAAGAACUGCAAGCAGUAAAGAAGUUCAGUACUGAUUUAAACGUCGAACUGCAGGUUGAGAAAAACAAAACGAAGGAACAGAAUGUUAAGAUAAAGGAGCAAGAGUCAUUAAUCGAAAAAAUGAUGGAGAAAUUACAGCAUAAGCAAAAUAGACUCAACCAUAUGAAAAUAAAUGAGGAAGAAAAGGAAACUAAAGAUGGAGCAAAAAUAAAGGAUGCUUCUGAACAGAGUCAGAUGGAAGAAAAGAAAGUAAGAAUCGUAAAUAUGACUAUGCAAAAUAGUAAUGAAAAACAUAUGAGUAGUGUUAAGAAGGGGUGUAGUAGCAACGGUGACAAUGAGGAGGAGCAUAGUGAAGAGUACGACAAGCUGUACUAUUCAUACAUAGAAACAGUAAUAAAAAAGGAAGAUUUAGAAAAAGAAUAUGAAUAUAUGAUGAAACACCUUGAUGGGAAGAUGAACACGUUUGAUAAGAAUGUAGAAUAUUUUGACGAAAAAAUAAUACAUUAUAAAAAUGUAUGUAAUAAUUAUGAACAGAGAUUUAUAUACAUAAGUAAGUAUAUCAACACGUUUGAAAAAAUCAUUAGCGAUAUUGAGAAAAUUGAAUAUAUAAAGAAAGACAUUAUAUUACAAAAUAAAAUAAAUAAAAUAAAAAUUAUUUUAAAAGAAAUAAAUAUAAAUGAUCCCAUUGAAAUUGUCGGAACAGACAAUUUGUUAUUUGAUCAAAUUUUAGACGAAAAAAAUAAACUAUUAGAAAAAUAUGAAAAUGAGGAUAAGGAAAAAGUAAAAGAAAAAGAUACCCAUAUGAACGACUUAAAUGAUGAAUUAAAAAAAUACAUGGAUGAACUGAGCUUUAAGACUGUCAAUGAUCUUUUCUCUUUUCAUUUAUGUGUUUUAGACGAAUUAAAUUUGAUGAAGAAAUAUUACAACCAAUUAGUGGAAGAGAAUGUAAUGAAAAAUAGAGAAUAUGAAAAUAAUUUUUUAAAAUUAAAUAAAUCCUUAGAAAAUAAGGAAAAAGAAAUUAUUACAUCCAGGGAGAACUGCAAGUCCUUACUGCUAGAAGUGAACAACUUAAAAUACAUCCUCAAUGAAUUGUUUGCAUGUGAGGUGAGUAAAAAGGGUGUGGAAGUGGACGCUAUAAAAGAGGAAGCAACUAAGAAGGAAGUGGGUACUAUAAGGGAUAUGGCAACUGCAAAAGAGACAGCAGCUACAAUGGAGAUAUCCACCAUGAACAUAACCACAGACGGAGAUGAAGUCGAUAUUUUCUUAAAAACCAAUGAAAGAACCUCACUGGUAAGUAAUGUUAUAUCAGAGUAUAGUAAUAACACAAAAAUGGGAAGGAGAUCGACAAGGAUCAAAAGUGAAAAUAAAAACGAAAUAGUGGACCAAAAAAAAAGAGAAAGAUUGGGCGAAAAGAUAAGCGAAAAAUCGGACGAAAAGAUAAGCGAAAAAUCGGGCGAAAAGAUAAGCGAAAAAUCGGGCGAAAAGAUAAGCGAAAAAUCGGGCGAAAAGAUAAGCGAAAAAUCGGGCGAAAAGAUAAGCGAAAAAUCGGGCGAAAAGAUAAGCGAAAAAUCGGCGAAAAGAUAA